UCCACAAGAAAAAAAAAUCUAUAUAUAAAAAAUAAAUUAAAAUGACAAGGAUGUUCAAUACCAACCUUGUGAUGAUUUUGGCCAUCAUCGGAAUCCUAGUGUUUUCUAGUGCCAACAAUGUUGUUGUGGGGCAGUGUCCAGGCAUGGAGGGCCUCAUAACCCAAUGUUCGGAGUAUGUUGAGAAGUCUGGCCCUGAGAUGAGUCCAUCGCCACAGUGCUGCCACGAGAUCGAGAACGCGGACACUCCAUGUCUGUGUCAGCACUUCAACAAGGCAAUCCUGCAGUUUAUUGACAUUCAGAAGGUCAUUUAUGUUGCCAGGUCGUGUGGAAAGCCAAUACCCUCUGGAACCACUUGUGGAGGUGUUACGGUGUCAUGAUCAAAUGGAGGAAAAUUACUUUAACUUUAUGCUGGCUCUUAAGAACCUUAGAUGCUUUGACUAUAUAUAGAAUAAAUAAGUUGGUGUAUCAAAUUUGAUCUUAUGACCAAUAGAAAAAUGGUUACUGGAGUAUUAGUUGUUUUAAGUGAUAUUGACUAGCUACA